GCUCAGCAGCAUGGAAAGCCUCUGUGCAGCAAACACCACUUUUGCACUGGAGCUGUUAAGAAAGCUGUGUGAGAAGAAAAGUGGUCAGAAUGUAUUCUUUUCACCCUUUAGUAUUUCUUCUGCUUUGUCUACGGUUUUGCUGGGUUCAAGAGGUAGCACUGAAGCCCAAAUACAAAAGGUGCUUUCUCUGCACAACACCCAGGAUGCUCACAAUGGGUAUCAAUCCCUUCUGUCCAAAAUUAAUGAUCCAAACACCAGAUACAUCCUGAGAACUGCGAACCGGCUCUAUGGAGAAAAGACAUUUGAGUUUCUCAGAUCAUUUAGAGAGUCGAGUCAGAAAUCCUAUCAUGCUGGCCUAGAACAGAUGGACUUCCUGCAUGCUUGGGAGGAUGCCAGGAAACAAAUCAAUGGCUGGGUGGAGGAGAGGACUGAAGGUAAAAUUCAGAACCUGUUGGCACAGGGGAUAGUGAAUUCUCUGACCAGACUUGUGUUGGUGAAUGCCAUCUAUUUCAAAGGCAACUGGAAAGAGCAGUUCAACAGACGGAGUACCAGAGAAAGGCCAUUCCACAUUAAUAAGAAUGAAAUCAGACCUGUGCAGAUGAUGUUCAAGGAGGCAGAUUUUAACAUGACCUACAUUGAGGACAUCCAGACCAAAAUCCUUGAGCUGCCCUAUGUGGGUAAUGAACUGAGCAUGAUCAUCCUGCUCCCUGAUGCUAUCCAGGAUGGAUCCACAGGCUUGGAAAGACUGGAAAGAGAACUUACAUAUGAGAAGCUGAUGGAUUGGAUUAGACCUGAAACAAUGAACUCUAGAAAUCCGGGGUGCGCUUUCCCCUCGGGUCUGAAACACCUGGAUCUCUCACCGCUGGCGCAAGCUGGGGGUUGUUGUUUGAUCCGACUCCUGGAGCUCCCUCUCUCUCCCGGGAAGCCGGGACACCCGGAGGGAGUGGCCGCGGUAACACCUGCCGCCCCGCCCCGGCCCGGCCCGGCCCGGCGGGGUCCCCGCGGGUGGCAGCGCGGUGUCAGUGCUCAGCUCGGCUCCUUCCGAUCCAUCGCAUCCCGUCCCAUCCCAGCCCGCUGCGCUCCGCGCUGCCCGGCAGCUAUAACCAUGGAGAAACUGUCUAAUGCCAACAGCAGAUUUGCACUUGAUCUGUUCAGAAGGUUCAGUGAGGCCAACCCAACAGAAAAUGUCUUCUUUUCUCCUGUCAGUAUCUCUGCUGGUCUGGCCAUGGUCCUUUUGGGGGCCAAGGGUAAUACGGAAGCCCAGAUAUUGAAGACUCUUCAUCUUGACAAAGUGGAAGAUGUUCAUUCAAGAUUCCAGGCUCUGACAACAGACAUAAACAGAAGCAAUGCUCCCUAUCUCUUACGGCUGGCCAGCAGGCUCUUUGGAGAGAAGUCCUACAGCUUUCUGCCGGAUUUCCUGACUAAUACACGGAAAUUAUAUGGAGCUGAUUUGGCUACAGUUGAUUUUCUUCAAGAUUCUGAUAAAGCCAGGAAAGAAAUUAACCAGUGGGUUGAGGAGAAAACUGAAGGCAAAAUCCCCAAUCUGCUGCCUGAAGACUCAGUUGAUAGCCUGACCAAGCUGGUUCUGGUGAAUGCUAUUUAUUUCAAAGCGAACUGGGCAGAGAAAUUUCAAGAAGCUGACACCACUGAUGCACCAUUUCGGUUAAACAAGAAUGAAAGAAAGACAGUAAAAAUGAUGUAUCAGAAAAAGAAAUUUAAUUUUGGAUACAUCCCCGAAGAGAAGAUCCGUAUUUUAGAGCUGCCUUAUGAGGGAAGAGAACUUAGUAUGAUCAUUCUGUUACCUGAUGACACUGAAGAGGACUCCACUGGACUGCAGAAGAUGGAAAAGCAGCUUACCUUAGAGAAGCUCCAGAACUGGACAGAGCAUCUGUAUUCCGCUGAUGUUCACGUGCGUUUGCCAAAGUUUAAGCUGGCAGAAAGCUAUGACCUUAAAUCAGAUUUAUCUGCCAUGGGCUUGCUGGAUGUAUUUAACAGUGGCAAGGCUGACUUGUCGGGAAUGUCAGGGGCACGUGACCUCUUCCUCUCUAAAGUUGUCCACAAGGCUUUUGUGGAAGUGAAUGAGGAGGGCACGGAAGCUGCAGCUGCCACUGCUGCUGGCAUUGCUCUGCUCUGCAUGCCCAUAGAAGAGGAUUUCAAUGCUGACCAUCCUUUCCUUUUCUUUAUUCGCCACAACCCAACACAAAGCAUACUUUUCUUGGGCAGAUAUGCUUCCCCAUAAAAGAAAACUAAGCAUUUGCAGCAGUUCCUGCUGUUGU